GAACCCCAAGCCCCCACCCCGCGACUACAACCACCGGGAACAUGGCGCCCACCAAGACCAGCACCCAGCACGAGCACGCGCGCACACAACGCGACCCCUACUGGGAGCGUCCGGCCAACGUGGGCAGCUGCUCCGCCGCCCGGCCCAAGAGCCUUCACCUGGCCGCAGGACAGCAGCAUACCUCAUCGCCAUGGCUGCAGGCUCUGCGCAAGGAGAAGUCCCGGGACGCGGCGAGGUCACGGCGCGGAAAGGAGAACUUUGAGUUCUACGAGCUGGCCAAGAUGCUCCCACUGCCGGGCGCUAUCACCAGUCAGCUGGACAAAGCCUCCAUCAUUCGCCUCACCAUCAGCUACCUGAAGAUGAGGGACUUUGCGAACCAAGGGGACCCCCCGUGGAAUUUGCUUGUGGAUGCUGCGCCCCCCAACACCUCAGUCAAAGCCAUCGGCGGCCAGAGGAGGAGGACCCCCGGCGCGUUGGCCUCGGACAUCUUUGAACCGCACCUGGGCAGCCACAUCCUGCAGUCUCUGGACGGCUUUGUAUUUGCACUCAACAAAGAAGGCCGCUUCCUCUACAUCUCUGAGACCGUCUCCAUAUACCUGGGACUCUCGCAGGUGGAGCUGACGGGCAGCAGCGUGUUCGACUAUGUGGACCCGGGCGACCACGUGGAGAUGGCGGAGCAGCUGGGCAUGAAGGUCCCGCCUGGCCGGGGGGCGGCAGCAGCACUGUGCCGGGGCACCAUCAACGAGGACGCUGCCUCGUCGGCCUCGUUGCCGUCAUCGCCGCGCCCUGAGACGCCCGAGCCAGCGGAGUCGAGCAGUCCCGGCAACCUGUCUCCGGACGACUGUCUGGAGCGUUCUUUCUUCAUCCGAAUGAAGUCCACGCUCACCAAGAGAGGCGUCCACAUCAAGUCGUCAGGAUACAAGGUGAUCCACGUGACCGGUCGCCUGCGCAUCCGCAUGGCGCUGACGCACGGCCGCUCAACACCCAAUCAGAUCAUGGGUAUGGUAGUGGUAGCGCACGCCCUGCCACCGCCCACCAUCAAUGAGGUGCGCAUCGACUGUCAGAUGUUUGUCACACGCGUCAACAUGGACCUCAAGAUUGUCUACUGCGAAAACAGAAUCAGCGACUACAUGGACGUGUCCGCCACCGACAUUGUGGGCAAACGCUGCUACCAGCUGAUCCACGCCGAGGAUGUGGACGCCAUCAAGCAAAGUCACCUCGACCUUAUGAACAAAGGCCAGUGCGUGACCAAGUACUACCGCUGGAUCCAGAGGAGCGCCGGCUACGUUUGGAUCCAGUCCAGCGCCACCAUCGCCGUCAACGCCAAAAACGCCGGCGACAAGAACGUCAUCUGGGUCAACUACGUGCUCAGUAAUCACGAAUACAAGAACACGCCCAUUGACUUUGGCCAAAUGCCAAACCUUCCAGAAAAGGUUUUGGAUUCCUUGGAAUCCUCUGACUCGGACUGUGAGUCUAAAGAAAACUCGGACAACGAGAAGGCGGCGUGCAAGCCAGGCCAAUCUGAGCAUGGCACGGACACGGAGGCCAAUUUGCAGCGCCGCGGCCGAUUGCAGAGCUCGUCCGAGCAGGAAGCCAAGCGGCGGAAGGAGCCCGAGACGUGCUGUGACGACGCCGACAGUCCGGACAGCAAUGACAGCGAUGAUAGCCCAGACAGCGACACCGCCGAGCCCGCUGCAGCAGCGGCCGGGAUGGACAGCGUCCUGGACGGCCUUCAGAUCAAAGUGGAGCAUUACAGCGAGGCCGACGAGCAUUUUCAUCCUUCGCAGUCGUCCUCGUCGGAGGAGGAAGAGGAGAGGGACGGUGAUGAGCCGGCCAGCGGCGGCGCGGAAAACCUCCUAAGCCGUAAGCGACGGAGAUUGCAUAAAUGGGACCGGACACGAGGCAGAAAGUUGCGCCUGUCAUCGACGCUGGCCAGCCCAGUCCCGCUGAUGGAUGCCACCGAGGCGCCAGACUCCUUGCAACCUCUCGGGUCCCUGCGCGGCAGCACUUUGGCCGUCCUGAAGAUCAAGACGGAAAUGUCGGAGCCCAUUAACUUUGACAACGACAGCAGUAUCUGGAACUUUCCGCCCAACAGGGAGAUUUCCCGUAACGAAUCGCCGUACAGCAUGACGGCCAAGCCGGCCACCCCAGGACCCCUCAAGCAGGGCGGCUCCCUCCAGGUCCCCAUUCCUGACACCGCGCUGACGCCGCCCGCCACCGAGGGCGGGGCUGGGGCCAGGAAGCCCCCUUAUAAUGGAAGCUCCACCCCGGCCAGUUUAGUGCUGCCCUCCAGCAGCUCCUCGGCAGAUCCCCUAUCGCCGCCCCUCUCGUCGUCGCCGCGCGACAAGCGGCAAGACUCCCCCGCUACAACUUUGGCCACGUCCUCAGCUUCGUCGUCUUCGCUGUUGUGCUCAGGUGACCUGGAAGUGCUGCAGCGCUUGCAGGCGGGGAACAUGGUCCUGCCGCUUGUCCACCGCGUCACAGUGGCGCCCAGUGGCAGCACGCCGCCCCGUGUGUACACCACCGGGACCAUCCGCUAUGCGCCCGCUGACGUCACGCUCCCAAUGGCGCCGGGGAGCCUGCUGCCCAACGCCUCUGUGAACUUUGUGGACGCCCCGGGUUUCGGCCUGGACCCCAAGACCCCCAUGGAGAUGCUGUACCACCACGUGCACCGUCUCAACAUGUCAGCCGCUGCCACCACAGGGCCCUUUGCAGGCUCUCCAGGGGCCACCGCAGGGACAGCGCAGGUGUCGGCAGCGGCCGCCGCUGCCAACGUGUUCACCACAGCUGAUGGAAUUUUCUCCACGCUGCCGUUUCCCAUCUACACGAACGGCAUUCAAGCCCAGAGAAAGGACAACUAGUGGGGACUGGCCCAAACCGGCCCAGACCGGAGACCGGGUUACUGUGCUUCCGACUCUACUGUGUUGAAGGAAGGAAGGAAGGAAGGAAGGAAGGAAGGAAGGAAGGAAGGAAGGAAGGAAGGAAGGAAGGAAGGAAGGAAGGAAGGAAGGAAGGAAGGAAGGAAGGAAGGAAGGAAGGACAGGCAAGAAAAGAAGUAGUGAGGAUAGCAAAUAGAAGGGAAAGAUGGAAGGAUGACCUGAAUGCCAGAGCUUGUGUAGCACUUUUUGAAAUCCUCACUUCUUCUUGCCACCAUUUUGCUCCCUCGCUGAUCUAGCUGAAGGUUGUUGACAUCAUUACUUCCUGUUGUCGCUGGCAAGGCUAGAAAACAAUACAAAAGUGACAUGCACAGAAAAACAAGCGACUUGAGAAUGUGGAACUAAUUCCUGUUGCGUCACCCAGUCCCGUCCAUCUUGGAGUUUCGAGGACGACACACUGGUGGUGCUACGUUAUCGUCUCAGUGAUACUGAGGCUAUGCAGCUAGCGUUGAUUUUGAUUGGUUAGCAAUUGUUGAUGCUGACCAAUCAGCAUCACUACUAGAAUUGGCUACAUUUGGCUAAUUAAUAAGUAUUGAAGUGAGUUACUGACUAGCUUUAAGGCUAAUUGGUUAUUAGAAUUGAUGCUACUCAGUGGACCGCAACGUUAACCAGUUAGCAUCGGUGCUAAUCGUUUAGCAUCACUAGUGCAAUUGGCUUGAUGUUAAUCAGUUAGCAUGGAUGCUAAUCAGCUACAUUGCAUCUGUAAUUGACUCAUUUAUGCUAAUUAGCUUGUGGUGAAGCUUAACAGACAAUAAUGGUGAUGCUGGUCAGCGAGUUUAUCAUUUAGCAUGGAUGGUAAUUGGUCAGCAAUGACACUAAUUGGCUGACAUUGGGACUAAUCAGCUAGCAUUGGGACUAAUCAGCUAGCAUUGAUUCUAACGAGUUAGAAUGGCUAAUUUAAAAAUGAAUGUCUGACUGACCGCUUGCUGUUUGAUAUGAUACGUUUGUUUUCCGCACUUCUUCCGCCAACUUUGGAAAACCGACCAUAUGUCCAGGGGGCGUUGCCCACCCCCAAAAAUGGAAAAAAAAAUCUAACGAGCACUGUGAAUCUACGUCAUUUGUAUUUUUUGCUAAGAUGAAAAAGAUGAGCCCGCAAAAAUGUGCUUAGCGCGCAAAAGUGUUGUUUUUUUUGUUCCCCUCCGUCGCCGCGUUUUUGGUGUCGCCACUUCCUGUUCCUGUGUGUGUUGCUCUGUGCCGUGUGUGCGCUGUCGCCGCCGCAGCUAUCGUCGUUGUGUCUUCUCUGUGCUCUCUUGUGAACCCCAAAACAACCCAGGGAGGUUUGGGAGGUUGCUGUGCUGCAGGAAACUACAAAAAAAAAGAAAACGUUUGUACUUUCUCCUUUAAAUUUUCAUAGUCUUCUCUGCUUUGCUUUCGUGCUGUCGUCUCGUUGACAAAACCGGCUGGAUGUAUGGUGAGCGGGCGACGCAAAGCAUUCUGGGACUCCACAGCUCCUUUGACACAGUCCUUUUGACCCGGCCGUUGCGGCUUCACGUAUUCCGAUAUUCCAACAAUGAUUGUCUCCAAGACUCCAUGCCGUUUUCAAAGAGCAGUUCCGUUUUGGAGCAUUUUAAGCACUGAAGGUAGAGAAAAAGGAGACUUUUUGUUUAAGCGCUGGAAAUGUUGUCGAGGAACAACGUGACUACUUGUGGGAAAAAAUGCUUAGCCGCAUGUAGAAGGCUCAAAGUGGAGAAACCAUGUCUUGAGGAAAGCAGCUGGCGCUCUUAAAAACUUCAACACGUGACACGACAAAGCAAACAAGACUGAAGAGUACGAGGCCGCCGCGUCCUGAAAGUUUGACAUGUCAAGAACACAAACGAGGGAAAGCGAGCUUUGCACUCGGCCGUCAAAGGAUGCUCAGCGUCGCGUGACGGCAGGUGUGAAAGCGACGGCUCCGGUUUUACAGAAUGCUUUGUGGCCUAGUACGUGCAUUGCGCACGCAACGUAGGUGUGCACACGCACUUGUGGCAAAAAAAACUCCACCAAAAUCCAGCAAAGCACUUUUUCUUAGCGUUCCCCUCCUCGGUUGCGCGUGAAAACGGCGCCUGCCGUCCCCGUCAUUUAAGUGUGAACAAAAUCUAUGUCUGUUUUGGAAAUUCUUUUUUCACGAGAAGACGGUGGUGAGGCUCUUCUCCUACUAUCAAUGUUAAGGGUGUUAUUCAACAAUUUAAAAAAUGGAUGAAAAGAGUGAGAAAAAAGACUUAAUAAACCACGGUACAUUUGUUUAAUGUUUUUUUUUUGCCUCACAGAAGAGGAGGAGCAUGAACAGGAUGCUAACGCGGAUGCUAACUUGGAGUGACUGCCUUGUUUUUUCUCUUUUUGGGGGGUUCUCUGUGUUGUGUGUACUUGUUUUUCUUUUUUAUCGUUUGACCAUCGAAAAUGCUGCAAACUGAGCGUGUGCAAACUUCAUUUUUAUAACGGUUCUUCUUUUCUACGUCUACUAAGUUGGCGUCACUAUGACAUCUGGCAGGAGACAUUUUCACAAUAAAGGUUUUUCUCUUCAA